AAUGUGUGAUUUGUACAAUGCGAACAAACGCAAUCGUAAAGCACUCAAUCUGCAUUCAUUAAACGAUCGGAAACGUAUCCGUGAGGAUGCCACUGCUCCAGAAAGUGACACGCUGAUGAAUCUCAGUUCAGACCUCGAUGAAGAGGAUUUUACCGAUGAAAGUCCAUCGGAUAUUACGUCAGAUAGUGAUUUCCAUCGUCCAAUGCCAGUGGCUCGAGGCGCAGAUCGACACUGGUUAACAAGGGGACGUGAACGGAGAAGUCGUCGAGCCCAAGUUCCGUGUGGCAUCGGUGCGCAUGCCCGACUUCGAUUCGAUUCAAUCUCAACCAUCGCUCCAGUCGACCAUUCGUCGUCAUUCGAAGAUGAUGAUGAUGAACUCUAUGGAUUAUAUACACCGGUGACGAAAGGCCGAAGCUCACCUCCACGAUUGCUGAGAGGGCUUAGCAUGAUUGAGGAGCUGUCACCAAUAGGUGAUCCAGAGGAUGUGGAUGUCCCAAAGGUACCGUCAUUACAGUUGACUCGUAAUUGGAGACCACUGCAAACGUCCACAACAACUUCGGUUCAUCACAUUGGACUUCCAAAAACUAAUCCACGUCAUAUCAACAAGUAUGCACAAGCAACGUCGUCAACACCGCGUGUCCGUGGAAAUAAUCGAAAUUCAGUACUUAGUUACAAUGUGGCUGAAUAUGAUGCACUGGAGAGACCAUUAAGUUUUUUUGAGGAGGUACGUGGUGAUUAUUUUCGUCAAAUAUGUCAAGCUGAAACAAGAAACUAUUCACAUGAGCCGUCAAAAGAAUGGUCACGACCAACUUCGCAGAUUCUCUCAUCGGUCUAUCAUGCCGCAUCGAACUGGAAACCCGACCACUUCGGUCUGCCGGCUCCAUUCGCUCGACGUAUCGGUUGCAAAGGCAAAAUUCAUUUAACGAUGUCACUUUCGGGACGAUUUCUAACCAUCAGCGUUGUCAAGGCUACGUUCUUCUUGGACCCUUGUCAAUCACAAGCAUCCUCUUAUGUGAGAGUGGAAAUGAAACGAAAUCCGCGUUACAAGAAGCAGUUGAGAUCAUGCUCUGAGGAUCGCUUCUACGAGACCGAACAUGAGCAGAGUUUUCGUACUCGCCUUGUGCCGUUGAACAAUCGACCGAAUUUCUAUGAAAAUUUCUCAUUUGAACUACAUCGGAGAAAUUAUCACCACCACGACUUAAUUGGUGUGAGUGUGUGGAUCACGAACGCCGAUAAUACAUCACGUAAAAGAAUGUUGGGUUGUAUGGCUUUCCCUGUACGACGACUAAUCAAAAAGGCCAAUAUGAUGGUAAGUUCUAUUGCAAGUUGCUCUCACAUUUACCGACUAAGGGUUGAUAUCGUUUGUCAGCUGAAUACUCUGGCCAAGCGAUCAGCUACGUAG